AUGGGAGACGCCAACCGGGAUGCCGAGAGGUAUCUGACUGCUUCUCUCGGGGAAGGUAACGCUGUGACCUUCCGACAAGUUGCGAGGAAGGUUGGAGUGUCUGUCAACACCGCCAAGGAGUCUGAAGCGGGAUCUGAGGCGGACGAGGAAGAAGUCAAGGCUGAGGAGAGUUUGGAGAACGAGCCUGAAGACAUUGUGAUGGAGGAGAAGAGCGAGGAGCUGGACGAGAAGAAGAAGCUUUUCGCUCCCGACCAGUUCUCCGUCCACAUCUACUCUCUGUCACCGGCGCCGCUGAAGCUGUUGAUUCCGGCGAGGAAGCUGCGUGACAGCCCCAACUACGCCAACGCCUCGCUGUACGGAGGAAUCACGGGCGAGCCAUUGAUAGCUACGUCUAAGCCUCUGCGUGAUGGCGCCAUGGACUUCAGCGGCAAGAAGACGGUGAAGAGCGAACCGGCGAAGACCGCGAAGAGUGAGCCCGCGAAGGCCGUGAAGAAGGAAGCGGUCAAGGAGGAGCCGAAGCCGGCCGAGCCCCAGCGAAAACCUGCCUCAUCAAAGAGCCGAAGGCGUGUCAUUGAGUCUGACGACGAGGACGAGGAGCCGCCUUCCAAGCCGGUGUCCAAGUCUUCUUCGACAGCAACCAAGGGUUCGGCCAAGAACGCCCUUGAGCCGACAUCGUCGAUGGUCCGGGCAGAGGACCAGGCGGCCAUGGAGGCCAUGAUGGCCAUGGACGUCGACUUUGACGAUGACGACCUCGAGGACACCAAGCCGAAACCGAAACCCAGUACCAGCGCGCCCAGCGGUACGCGGAAGCGCAAGCGUAGGCAGGUGAAGAAGUCGAAGCAGGAGAUGGACGCUAAGGGAUACAUGGUUACCAAGGAUUACUGGACCGAGGAAUCAUGCUCUGGCUCGGACACGGACACGGAGGCCGCCCCGAAACCUAAGCCUGCUGCGCCGGCUUCUAAGCCUGCCAGCAAGCCCGUCUCCCGGACGGCGUCGGACUCGAAGCCGAAGCCUGCUCCGGCCAAGAAGGCUGGCUCGAUGGGCCAGAGCACGCUAGCUAGUUUCUUCAAGAAGAAGUAA